AUUUUCAUUCAUAUCAAAACACAAAGGCACGAAAACAUAAGAUAAAUAGAAAAUUAAUCUCUACUGCUCCUCAACAAAAAGAGAAUUGAUAAACAAGUAAAAACUUGAAGCAAAUUUUUACUGAUUUCGUUAUUUAGUUGAUAAAGUUAUUUUAACGCGCACGGAAGUGUAAAAACGAAUACGAUACAAUUUCGGGAAUUGUAAACAAGUGCAACAAAAACCCUUUGGUGAUUUUUCUUUUGCCACUAGUGAGUGCAAAGGAAAAAAUCCCCAAACCCAACUUCAACGUAAACACUUUUGCAGUGCAUUGAGAUGCAUAGUUACGGUGGAGCAACAGCGUCAGCUGCUCCCCAACAACUAGAAACACAAGAACGGCCCCUUGGAAAUCUCCAUGACGCAACGCUGCGUAACAGCAGUGUAGGCCAGCAUGCAGGCGAUACUGGCGGAGUGAUAGGGGGUGGCAGCAAUAGCAGCGGUGAAAAUUCGCGUUGCGAAAGCGAUGAUGAAUAUCACAGAAACCGAUCAAGGUCAACGACGAUGGGCGCUACAACAGCGCCUGCACAUAGUAUCGGCAUAGAGAGUGGAAAUGAAAGGUCAAGUGUUUACGCAUCUACUUCCGUACAGUACGAUAGUACUGAACAACCCACAAGCUCUCACAACGCAGAAGGCAUUUCACCAAUGGCGUCGUUCAAUGAGGAGAGGAUGCGUCGAAAGUUACAAUUUUUCUUCAUGAAUCCCAUAGAAAAGUGGCACGCACGUCGCAAAUUUCCUUACAAAUUUGUUGUACAGGUCGUGAAGAUCAUCUUGGUGACCAUGCAGCUGUGUCUUUUCGCGCAUUCGCGCUACAAUCAUAUCAACUACACGUGGGAUAAUCGUAUUGCCUUCUCACAUCUCUUCCUACGUGGCUGGGACUCGUCGCGUGAAGUCGAGUCCUAUCCACCAUCCGUGGGUCCCUUUGCGCUCUACGAAAAGUCCGAGUUCUACGACACAAUCGACUAUGCGGUACUUGGUUAUGCUAAUAUGAGCCGCUCCAUCGGUCCCUACGAUUACCCAACCAAGAACAAUGAGAUGGCGCCGCUACAUCUUUGUCUCUACAAUUAUCGCGAGGGUACAAUAUUCGGCUUUAACGAGUCUUACAUUUUCAAUCCCGACAUUACCGAACUUUGCCUCUACUUGCCGCCUAACGUGACGACAAUGGGCGUGCAGGCUUAUCUCAAGCAGAGUGGCGUUGAGUUGAGCUUUUCGUCGCUGGUGAAGGCGACAUUGGUGUUUGCUAUAAAAACGGUGAAUUUUAAAGCCUAUGGCGGGCCACUUUCUGCGCCCGAUUGCUUCAAGUUCGAUGUGCGGAUUUUCUUCGACAACAGUGAUCAUGAUGGACAAAUGCUGUUGUCGCUGGACGCGGACGCACAACGCUUACGUUGCAAGGGUGAUGUUGAGUUCAUUUCGAAUGCUGAGUUCGAUGCCGCACUGCGAAGUAUGUUGAAUAUACUAGUGUUGUUGGUGUGCUUGCUCUCCUUUGCGCUGUGCUCGCGUGCGCUGUACCGCGCUUACUUACUCCGCAGUCAGACGGUGAACUUUUUCCGGAUGCAUUUCGGCAAGGAGCUGAGUUUCGAGGGACGCAUGGAGUUUGUGAAUUUUUGGUAUGUAAUGAUCAUCAUCAACGAUUUACUACUCAUAAUCGGUUCAUCGUUGAAGGAGCAAAUUGAGAGGAAAUUCCUUGUUGUCGAUCAAUGGGACACCUGCUCACUCUUUCUUGGUGUCGGCAAUUUGCUAGUGUGGUUCGGCGUAUUGCGCUACCUGGGCUUCUUCAAGACCUACAAUGUCGUCAUACUCACGCUGAAACGAGCAGCACCCAAGAUAUUACGGUUCUUACUUGCGGCACUGCUCAUUUACGCCGGCUUCACAUUCUGCGGCUGGUUGAUACUUGGCCCAUACCAUAUGAAGUUCCGUUCGCUUGCAACAACCUCAGAGUGCCUGUUCUCACUGAUUAAUGGCGAUGAUAUGUUUGCCACUUUCGCCACACUUUCCUCGAAAGCGGAUUGGCUCUGGUGGUUCUGUCAAAUCUAUUUGUACUCCUUCAUUUCCCUCUAUAUCUAUGUGGUGCUUUCACUCUUCAUCUCCGUCAUCAUGGAUGCCUAUGAUACGAUCAAGUGUUACUAUCGUGAUGGUUUUCCCAUUUCGGAUCUAAAGGCCUUUGUGGGCACGCGCACGGAAGAGGAUCUCACAUCAGGUGUGUUCAUGAGCAAUAUGGAUGACUUUGAUGGGAACGGUGUGCUGGAUAUGCUGCGCCAAAUGUGUUGCUGCGGCCGUUGUCGGACGGGCAGUGCCAGUGCCAGUGGUGGCAGCAAUGGGCCCUCCGGGUACACCAGUCUGACGAGUAUUAUCAAGUGAUUGAAUGUUGUUGAUGAUGUACACUGAGUUGUUACUGUACUGACGUACAUACAUACACACAUAUGAGACGAACGGAAAGAUGUAACGAAACGUAACGUACAAUGCUGACGCUUGAAAUGUAAUGUAAUGACGCCAAGGCUGCGUUGAGCUGCUACAUGCAUAUUCGCAAGCAUUUUUGAUGGCAUGCCAUUAGUUGUUUUUUUUUCUUUUUAAUUAUAUUUCUUCUUUUAUACUUUAGUAACAUACAUACAUAUAUACUUUUUUGUUAAUGUUUAUUUAGUUAAAAGUUGAACAUUUCAUCGAUACAUUUCUUCUAAGAAAUUUACUUGCUUUCAAUAUUUUUCCUACAUUCACAAUUGCCUUCUAUUUGCGCAUACAUACAGUUAAGGCUGUAUGUACCGCAAUCACACGCAUUCUUUAUGUUUGUUUAGAUUUAGUUUAAAAUCAUUUCUUUAAUAUUUAACAGCAUGUAAACCAAGCGGGAGACAAUAGUUUUCUGGAAAAAGAAAAUUUCUUUCGAAAAAAAAGCGUAAUCGGAAUGUUGAGGUUAGGUUUAUGCUUGUAAAUAUGUUAAAAUGUGUAGGGUUUAAGCAUCAGGGACUAAAGUUUAAAUAUAAAAUAAAUAAAUAUAUAUGUAUAUAUAUAUUGUAGGUGUGUAUAUGUAGUAGUGUAAACAAAUAGUGAUUAUUCUAAAAAUGCAAUGAUUUCAUUAAUUAAAUAGCAUCGUUAAUUUUAGUGCUUGAAGAUAAAAAUAAUAUAUUACUUUUUUUUUAUCGAAACAAUUGUACGUACACACGUAUUUAUAUUUUUAAAACCAAAGAAAUAUUUGUUUGCCAUGUAAAGGAAAGUUGUUGUACGUAAUAUUCUGUUGCAAUUUUUGUCAUUUACAUUUACAUAUGUCUAUAUGUAUUAUAAUUUAGUAUACACACAUACAUAUACGAUAUUAGGCAUAUAAAGUCCGAAAGACCUAUGUAUUUUAUUGGGUCCUUUGUUAAGGGAAAAAGAGUAUAAAACAACGCUGACAAUAAUUCAACACAGCAUAAGAUUUCUGAUAUCAGUAGUGAUUGUUCAAAUAAAAAUAUAUAAUUGUGAAAUUAGGUAAAUUUUUGAUAGCGUAAAACUAAAAUUAUUAGCAAAAAAAAAAAAAUUGUGAAUAUUUCUCGUAAUUUAGGACGCAUUUUUAGGUUGAAGAAGAAAUAUGUAAAUUAACAGCGACAACAUUAUUUUAUGCAUUAAAAGUCGUGUUAUUUAGCUACGCCAACAAUUUAUAAAAUGCAUCUGCUGCAUACUUUGAGCAUUUCACUUUUAAUAAUUUGAAAGUUACCGUAAUCAUUCUGUAUUUCUACGUUCUACUUGCCGCUUUCAUUGCAUUUCCAAAGCAAUUUACACUUUUGUAAUAUAAAAAUAAUUUAAUUACCACCAAAAUGAAUAAACACUCAUAUGAUUAGUUGUUGCUUAUUUUUCAUAAUGAUUUUUGUUGAAAUUCAUAAAUUACUUUUAAAUAAGAGAUUUCGCUGUUGCUAUAUUAUUUUGUCUGUCCUAAAAGAUCAUCUACAUGAGCAUAUUAAAUGCCUGCUUGUUUGUACACCGGUCCAUGAAAAUCUAAAAUGUUAAUAAAAACUAUGUAACCAUGAGUAUAUAUUUAUAUACAUAUGUAUGUGCAAUCAUCAUAAGUCUAAUAUUAUACAUACACUUAGUUUACAAAUUUCAAUUACAACCGCUUGAGCUUAUGGGUAAGCUUCUGCCGCUGACGUGUAUUUUAUGUAAAAAUAAAAGUAUAAAAAUAAAAUAAAAAAAAUUAAA